AUGGUUAAAUUGCUAAUUUAUGAUUACGUCACCUCUGUGGUUGGAAAUAAAAUAACACUUGAAGUUGAAGGCAAUGAAAAGAUUUCAGCAAUCAUUGACUUAAUUCUGCCGAAAAUUGGUGAGAAUAUAAAAAAUUCAACCGAAGAAAAAACUAAAAAUUCUAAAAAUUCUAAAAAUUCUUCGGGUGCUGAAAAACCUGAAUCACUGAUAUUAUAUCUGGGAACUACAAUUCUAGAGAACAAUCAAACUUUGGACCAUUACAAUGUGUCAUCCCUAACUGAGCUUUCACUGUGUUUGUACAUGAAAGUUGAUGUUAAGGUUACAGUGACGGUGUUGAAUGGAAUAAAUUGUUUUGGGAUUAAAUACACUCCUCUGGUCUCAAUUCUUAUCAGAAGUAAGAUUAAAUUCACCAUGAUAGACCAACAAACAAUAUUCGAAAUUAAAAAGAAAAUACUUUCCGCAUGUAAAUUCACAAAUACAAAAGGAGAAGAAUUAGCAUUGGAGAAGUUGUGUUUAUAUUACAAAACUGCAGAGUUGAAUGACAAUUUAAGCUCAAUUAAUGAGUUAAACUGUAAAAACAAGCUCAGACUAAAGUUGGUAAUACCCUAUGGAUACAAAUUCAAGAAAUUGCAAACUAACUCAACUUGUCACUCAUCUUCCCUGGUGUCACCUAAAAAGGAGUAG